AUGGCCGCCGCCGCCGCCACCUCCGCGUCGGCGCAUCACGCCGCCGCCUCCGACUUCCCCCCGCCCCCGCCGCCGCUCCACGCCACCGGCCCUCGCCCGCGCCGCCGCGCGCGGGAGGUCAGCUCCCGCUACCUCUCCACCCCGGGCCCCCUCCCCACCUCCUCCCCGCGCCUCUCCACCUCCUCCACCACCUCCUCCCGCGCCUCCUCCCCGACCCCCUCCCCGCGCGCCCACACCCGCGUCGCCACACCCUUCGCCAACGAGAACCAGCCUCCGAUCCCCCCGCCCACCACCUCCCGCAGGCACGCCGUGCAGAAGCUGUUCGGCGAAAUCGGCAACCCGCGAGCCUCCGUCUCCUCCGCCCCCGCGACCCCCAGGCACCUGCCCCGCUCCACCAGCGGGCCGCCCCCGUCCACCGCGCGGAGGGGCUACCCGCGCCCGCCAACCCCCGCCGCGCGCGCCUCCUCCUGCCCUACCCCCACAGACGACGCCGCCUCCUGCUGCUCCUCGGACACGUCCUCCACCCUCACCGACUUCUCCGAGCCCGACGCGGUCCCGAUCUCCGCCGCGCCCUGCGAGAGCCCGCCGCUGCUGGGCCCGGCGUCCUGCCGCGGGGGGCGCCUCUCGUCCGACCUCCGCUCGUCCGUGCCGGAGUCGGGCGGGUCCGCGCGGGGCGCUAUCCCGCUCUGCCACCGCUCGCUCAAUUCGGCUCUCACCAGCUGCCAGGCCCCGCCCGGGAAGGCGCUGGCGCCGCCCAGGCCGCCGCAGCCGCAUGUUGGGGCCAGAGUGGCCGACCUGAAGAAGGCCGCGCUCGUUGGGGGGAGGAAGGUUGCCGGGAAGCAGGAGGACGUGCACCAGCUGCGGAUGAUGGAUAACUGCCACGUUCAGUACAGGUUCCUCAACGCCCGGGCUGAAGCCGUGGCCAAGGCCAAGGCUGCUGCGGCACAGAACUCCCUGUUCGGACUGGCCGAGAGAAUUACCAGGCUGCGAGACUCUGUCGCUGAUAAGAGGGCAGAGGCCGAGAAGAUCAAGAGGAGUCACAGAUUGUUCUCCAUUGUUGGUAACCAGGUUCCAUAUUUGGAUCUGUGGAGUGAUGUUGAGGAGGAUUAUUCCAGCUGUCUGACAGGGGCAACAUCAGCGCUGCAUAACGCCUCACUAAGGCUACCAAUUGUUGGGGGUGUUAGGGUAAAUUGUGAGGAAAUCUCAGAAAUUCUUAAUUCAGCAGUGCAGCUACUGGAACCAGUGUCUCCUUGUGUACAAAAUUUAUUACCGAAGGUUGAAGAAGUUGAUUGUGUAGCUUCCAACCUUGCCCAAGUAAUUGCUAGUGAAAGAGCCUUGAUAGAAGAGUGUGGGAAUCUACUAAAUCAAGCACACCAUUUGCAGAUGAGGGAGUACAGCUUGAGAAGCCAGUUGAUGCAAUUGAAAAGUUAA